AAGACAGACCUGGGAGACUUGGCAAUGAGCUGUUUUCUUUCCUGCUUUUAUCAAUGGAGUCUGAAUCUUACAAGGUUGAUAUGAAGAUAUACAUUCUGAAAUACUGAAGCAGAGGAAGAACUCCACCAGAAGCAUGAAUGAUACACAGUUUCAAUCUGGUUCAUUUCGAGCAGUUUGAGUGUGGUGCCGUGAGAGAUGCUGUUGUCCAUGACAGGAUGGGAUUAUUAUGAUCAAAUACUCUAUUUUGACUUCACCCAGUGGCCAAGAGCUUCAUAUGGUAGACAGCCAAGGACUGGACUUUUACUAAUAGUGUAACAGGCUCGUGACUGAGGAGUAGACAACAUCGGUGGAGUCAUGCUUCACACGGCCAUAUCAUGCUGGCAGCCAUUCCUAAGUCUGGCUGUGCUGCUCGUUUUCAUGGGGUCCACCAUAGGCUGCCCAGCCCGCUGUGAGUGCUCAGCACAGAACAAGUCUGUUAGCUGUCACAGGAGGCGCCUGAUCUCCAUCCCUGAGGGUAUCCCCAUUGAAACCAAAAUCCUGGAUCUAAGCAAGAACCGCCUGAAGAGUGUCAACCCUGAGGAAUUCACAUCCUACCCGCUGCUCGAGGAGAUAGACCUCAGCGACAAUAUUGUUGCCAAUGUAGAGCCUGGAGCCUUUAACAAUCUUUUCAACUUGCGCUCUCUGAGACUGAAAGGAAACCGUCUGAAGCUAGUCCCGCUAGGGGUUUUCACAGGGCUGUCAAACUUAACAAAGCUUGAUAUAAGUGAAAACAAGAUUGUCAUUUUGCUGGACUACAUGUUUCAGGAUCUGCAUAACCUGAAGUCCCUUGAGGUUGGGGACAAUGAUUUGGUUUAUAUAUCCCAUAGGGCCUUCAGCGGACUGCUUAGCCUGGAGCAGCUCACCCUGGAGAAAUGCAACCUAACAGCUGUACCAACAGACGCCCUUUCCCACCUUCACAACCUCAUCAGUCUGCAUCUGAGACAUCUCAACAUUAACCUUUUGCCUGUGAAUGCCUUUAAGAGAUUGUUUCGCCUAAAAGACCUGGAGAUCAACUAUUGGCCUUUACUGGACAUGAUGCCUGCCAAUAGCCUGUAUGGUCUCAACCUCACUUCUCUCUCGGUCACCAACACCAACCUGUCUACAAUACCUUAUUCUGCUCUUAAACACCUGGUUUACCUGACACACCUAAACCUCUCCUUCAACCCCAUAAGCACCAUUGAGGCAGGCAUGUUUGCAGACUUGGUGCGUCUGCAGGAACUGCACAUGGUGGGGGCCCAGUUACGUACCAUUGAACCACAUGCUUUCCAAGGGCUCCGGUUCUUGCGUGUACUUAAUGUGUCCCAGAACCUGUUAGAAACGCUAGAAGAGAAUGUAUUCCAUUCCCCCAAAACUCUUGAGAUCCUCUGCAUUAACAACAACCCCCUGGCUUGUGAUUGCCGCCUCCUUUGGCUAUUACAAAGGCAGCCCACCUUACAGUUUGGUAGCCAGCAGCCCAUGUGUGCCGGCCCAGACAGCGUCAGAGAGAAGCUGUUCAAAGACUUUCACAGCACCGCCCUUUCCUUUUACUUCACCUGCAAGAAACCCAAGAUACGGGACAAGAAACUGCAGUACCUGGUAGUGGAGGAAGGACAGACUGUGCAGCUGACAUGCAAUGCCGAUGGGGAUCCUCAACCUACCAUCUCCUGGGUGACGCCGCGACGGAGGCUGAUCACAACGAAAUCAAAUGGAAGAGCCACGGUGCUGGGAGAUGGCAUGCUGGAGAUCCGAUUUGCUCAAGAUCAAGACACUGGGAUCUAUGUUUGUAUUGCAAGUAACGCAGCUGGGAAUGACACGUACACAGCCUCCCUUACAGUAAAAGGAUUCACUUCAGACCGUUUCCUUUACGCCAAUAGGACCCCUAUGUAUAUGACAGACUCCAAUGACACCAGUUCCAAUGGAACCAAUGUGAACACCUUCUCUCUGGACCUUAAGACAAUACUGGUGUCCACAGCCAUGGGCUGUUUCACAUUCCUUGGAGUUGUUUUAUUUUGUUUCCUACUUCUUUUUGUGUGGAGCCGAGGGAAAGGCAAGCACAAAACCAGCAUUGACCUUGAGUAUGUCCCCCGCAAAAACAAUGGUGCUGUAGUUGAAGGAGAGGUUGCUGGACCACGGAGGUUCAAUAUGAAAAUGAUUUGAUGGUAUACUGCUAGCAGUGCUUUUUCUGUGGCAUUAUAACCAAUUAAACAAGCCUGGCAUGUGGAAUUGCUAGGCAGAGGCAGCUUAAUGCAGCUGUCACUGUGUCAAAUGGUUAUGUGGAAAUGGAAAGACUAUUUGGGGUUGUACAGUAGAGCCUCCUAACCUUGAGGCAUGUGUGUCAGGGCCUUUCAAAUAGUUGGUAAAUGGUACUAAUUGUUUGCAUUGCAAAUAUUGGCAUUCUGGGGAUCUCAGUAAUGAACUGUUGGCUCAUGUUCAUGGACAGUUGUUCAACAUUUUCUACCACUACAAAAAAGAAAAAGAAAGGGGAAAAAAACCUACAGUGUAGGAUUUACAUAUUUAAAAAGACACAUUUGUCUAAAACAUACUCUACAGUGAAAUUUGUAUCUAUAGAUCUCAUUUGUUAAAGCCUUGCAUCAUACCUUAUAGUUGGUUCAACACCACAAAGAAAUUGAUCUUAUCUUUUUUUAAUAUACAUAUAUACUGUGUACAUUUUAAAGCAAUAUGAAUGAGAGGUUGUGCUUUGAGAUAUCCACCGAGACUGACCCAAGUGUGAUGUCACUCCUCCCCUUAACUAUAGUCAAACCCAAAAUUAGACCUCUGUAGUUACCGAUGAGACAACACAAGAUACUUUUCUUUUCACGUAGAAGACCAGAGAGGCAUAGCUUAGGGCACAAAUGUUCUGCUCUGUUGAUCUUCUCUUCAUAUAAAUAAAAGGCAUGUGCCUAGUUUUGAUACAGAAUGGAAUAUUUUUUAUAUCUGUGAUAUCACACUGGACCAGUUUACUGUAACAAAGCCCUGGUUCUCACCCAGGAGAGCUCAACCUACUAGGCAUAGCAGACAUAUAAAGGAGAUAAAUUAUACUUUAAAAAAAGAGAUCUGUUUUUGUCACCCCUUGGUUUUAAUUUCCAAGCCAUUGUUAAAAUAUUAAUGUGUACUGGGAGGGGGGGGGGGAAGAAAGAAGGUAAUGCAUUCUGUAUACUCCUAGGGAAAUAUGGUCACCUUAGUAUUUGAGGAAGUGAAUUAAAAUGUACAAAAGCUCUGUUGAUAGGAAUGAACUCUUCUCCAAUGCCAAUAAACCAGGGUUAUCCAUGCAUAAUACGAGGAUUAUGCGACUAAAGAAAUGUUUAAAACAUGAUAGCCUCCAAAAGGCCAAAGUACUGCCAAUUAUAGUGAACUUCUAGCCACUGUCAAUCUCAUCCCAGAUAUUUAUAAAUAGCAUAUAAACACAAACGCUAAUUUCCAUUAACAGAUUACUUCAGCUAUUCUAUCUGCCAUUUUAAGAAUUGUAUUGUCUUGGGGUUUUUUGGGACAAUGGCCCAGAGCAGGAGGGGGUAAUCUGUGUUUUUUGUGGAGGAGAGAAGGCAAGGGAACAUUGGUUAUGUUUAUAUAUGUGUUUGUUUUAUUCCUCUAAAGAUAAUGCAAAAAGGGCUCGGAACUGGAACUGUAAUGUCAACUCAUUGUACUGUUGGUAUCAAAAAAGAUAUUUUAGAGUACUAGUAUUUUCCAACUCUUGCUGGGAGAGGGUAGUGUUUAACCACCUUUUAAUGUCCUAAUAAAUAUGAGCCAUAGAUUAAUUUAUUUCAAUGUUUGGUUAACAAUUAUAUAUGAUUUAUAAAUUAUUUGGAAUAACUUUGAGUAAGAAUAAUAAUCAAUGUGUUUGAUUUUAUACCCAUUCUAGUUAAUCUAGGGUAAACUGUUCAAAAGUGCCUAGGUGAUUUAGGAGCCUACGUCUCAUUUUGAAGAUUUGACAUGGACACUUUGGAGCAUAAAUCAGAUUGACUGACUCCAAUUGGGACUUAGCCACUUUUGAAAAUGUUACCCAUGUUCUUUGGCUGAGAUUUUCACAGCAUAGCUAUGGGAUUUAGACACAUUUCUUCUAUUGCUAUCAAUAAAGGGAGGUGUUUAAAUCCCCCAGGCUACAGUCUGUCCAGGCAGAUCCCUGAUCAAGAUACAGGAUCAGGACCUAGAUUGCACUGAAAAUCUCAACCUGUUGUUUUCAGUGGCUGAUCUCAGUUUAAACCAUUGCUACAUUUCAUGCAGUUGAGGACUACGGGGGGUGUUCCCUUUUUUUAUGCACCACAUUAGAUUACUGGGGAUUUAUAUGAUGGGGACUAAUCCUUUUGUCCUUUGAAAUUUUAUGGAAUUUUAAUAAAAUGAAGUGACCCCUGAAUAAACACGUGAUAACGGAGAGAUUGUUUUUGCUGAUCAAACAGCAGAGCCACUGAAACACUAUUGUACCUUUAUAUGGAUAGUUAAAUAAAUAAAUGAGGGGGAAAAGAUGGCUGAAUUAUCAAUUGGAUACAUUUCCAUUUGCCUUUCCCUUGUAAUUAUCAUUUAUCCAUUAGCAAUCCAUUUCCCCUGUAGUGGUGAUGACCUGAUUUAACUGACAAUAAAAUCAACGUUUUGAGCAAAA